GCGAGCGGCCCGCGGGAAGUACAGCCGUGCGCGCCCCGGAGCCAGGUCCGGGUGGGCUGCGGUCCGCGCGCCGCCGCGCCGUCCUGUUGGAGGAGGGAGGGGCUGGCGCAGCCAUGUUCGUGGCGCGCAGCAUCGCGGCGGACCACAAAGAUCUCAUCCACGAUGUGUCUUUCGACUUCCACGGACGGCGGAUGGCCACCUGCUCCAGUGACCAGAGCGUCAAGGUCUGGGAUAAAAGUGAAAGUGGGGAUUGGCAUUGCACUGCUAGCUGGAAGACACAUAGUGGAUCUGUGUGGCGUGUGACAUGGGCCCAUCCUGAAUUUGGACAGGUUUUGGCUUCCUGUUCUUUUGACCGAACAGCUGCUGUCUGGGAAGAAAUAGUAGGAGAAUCAAAUGAUAAACUGCGUGGACAGAGCCAUUGGGUCAAGAGGACAACGCUAGUGGACAGCAGAACAUCCGUUACCGACGUGAAAUUUGCUCCUAAGCAUAUGGGUCUUAUGUUAGCAACCUGUUCAGCAGAUGGUAUAGUCAGAAUCUACGAGGCACCAGACGUCAUGAAUCUCAGCCAGUGGUCUCUGCAACAUGAGAUCUCAUGCAAGCUAAGCUGUAGUUGUAUUUCUUGGAACCCUUCAAGCUCUCGUGCUCAUUCCCCCAUGAUCGCUGUAGGAAGUGAUGACAGCAGCCCAAACGCAAUGGCCAAGGUUCAGAUUUUCGAAUAUAAUGAAAACACCAGGAAAUAUGCGAAAGCUGAAACCCUCCUGACUGUCACAGAUCCUGUCCACGAUAUCGCCUUUGCUCCAAACUUGGGACGAUCUUUCCACAUUCUUGCCAUAGCAACCAAAGACGUGAGAAUUUUUACAUUAAAGCCUGUGAGGAAAGAACUUACUUCCUCUGGUGGGCCAACAAAAUUUGAAAUCCAUAUAGUGGCUCAGUUUGAUAAUCAUAAUUCUCAGGUCUGGCGAGUGAGUUGGAAUAUAACAGGGACAGUACUGGCAUCUUCAGGAGAUGAUGGCUGUGUCAGGUUGUGGAAAGCUAAUUAUAUGGACAACUGGAAGUGUACUGGUAUUCUGAAAGGUAAUGGGAGCCCUGUCAAUGGGAGCUCUCAGCAGGGAAACUCAAAUCCUUCCCUAGGUUCAAAUAUCCCAAAUCUUCAGAAUUCAUUAAAUGGAUCUUCUGCUGGCAGGUAUUUCUUUCCCCCUCUGGAUUCCCCACGGGCUGGAUCGAGAUGGUCCAGUUAUGCCCAGCUCCUUCCUCCUCCUCCUCCUCCUCCUCCUCCUCUGAUAGAGCACUCUUGCGAUGCUGACACUGCCAGCCUCCAGUAUCCUCACCCUCGCAGACGAUCUCUCUCUCGGCCUCUUAAUCCCUUACCUGAGAAUGAAGGGGUUUAAAAAACACUGAUUUAACACUUAAAGGCCUUAUUCAAGUGCUUGUAAAUGCUUUCAUUCCUGGCUUUUUGUUUUUCUUCAUUUUCUUUCAGAAGAUUUUUCUAAUUUAGGGUCUGUCUUACAUGUAUUACAACCAGAACAUGGUGUUUGGAACCUAAAUGUGUUUGUGCUUCUGCAUCAAAGGAAUAUUUGCUUCAUUGGUUGAUAACCUUUGAUGAAAUAUGAGAUGUGUACACAUAACAUUAACUGUGAGAGUUACACACAAUAGCUGACUUCAAAGUGCCUGUUCUGUACAUUUUAUUUUGAACUGUUAUGGCGUUAAGUUUCUUAUGGUUUGUCAUACUGGUUAAUGUGAAAGCAUAUCGUUCGUUAUAAAGUUAACUUUGCCUUUGAGACAUAAUAAAAAUGUUUUUGAUUUUUACAGGCUAA